CGUCAAGCAAGGCAAGCUUGCCUGCGCUGCGUACGGCAGCGCACUGGCCACGCGUACCAAAGGAAUAAGCAGUCGCCAUCGAUAUGCUUGCCCGCACCAUCCUCGCCACAGCAAGGUCAGCACCUCGCGCCGCAGCGAUGGCGCGGCGACGCCAACUAGCAGACACGCCGCAGUUCCGCCUGCUGGACCCGGCCUUCGACGCGUCGCAGAUGAGCGAGCCCGUGCGGCGCGUCCUCGCGCUGCAAAACGCGUCGACGGCCGACGCGACAAAGGCGCGGUCGCGGGCCGUCGCGGCGGCGUUCCGCCAGCACGACGCCGACUGCGGCAGCACACGCGUCCAGGUCGCGCGGCUGACCGUCGAGCUCGAGGCCUUGGCGGCGCACGUCGCGGCGCACCCUAAAGAUAAGCACUCGACGCGCGGCUACCAGCUCAAGAUCUCGAAGCGGCGCCGGCUCCUCGCCUACCUGAAGCGCCGGAACCCCGGGGACUAUGACGCGACGCUCCAGGCGCUUGGUUUGCCCACGCCAAAGGAGGGCAAGAAGCGGCGGCGGGCACGGUUGUAAGGUAUC